CUACAGACGAAAUUAUAAUCGAAACUUUCGUCAGAUCUUGACAUGUGCUAGAAUUUCGUAUUUCAUUUUAAAAAUGAAACUGAUUACACGUUCCAACGAUUUCUCCGGCUUGAAAGUUUUACUGACAUCGGAAUACCUGAAUAUCCCUAUCGAAUUAGAAGUUACUCCGUCAGCUGAGAAAACCGUGCUCAUCGUUAACGAAGACUGCCAACUCUUCUCGUGCAACGCUGCUGUGUGGUACUUAUCUUGCCUAAGUGGUCAAAAAAAAGUCAAUCUACAGCAAGACAAAUGGCUAGACUGGGAAAGUUCAACGUUACAUCCUGAAAUUCAGGCAUUUUUGAAUAAACAACCCCAACAUCUCACCACUGUUUUGGAGCAUCUUGACAAGGCUACUCGAAACAAAUUCCUCAUUGGUAACUCUCUGUCUGCAGCUGACAUAAUAAUUUUCUGUGCUCUGAUUGAGAUUUGUGACUGCAAGUUCAUGGCCAAUUACCCAAAUGUGAUGAAGUGGUUCAAUAAUUUUUACACAAGUUCUCAAUUCAAGAUUGCAGCCUCUAAAUUGGACAUCAAAAUCAAGCAAACAGAAACGGAUCAGUGUGAAGAGGAAGAAGUGGCCAUCAGUCUAGAAGACAUUGAAGAUGCAGUCAAACACUGGAACGAACGCAACAUCACCAAACCUAAGCCAAUUACUCAUCCUGUGUUACCGGUUGAAGGAGAGCGAAAUGUUCUGAUCACCAGUGCCCUGCCUUACGUCAACAAUUUUCCUCAUCUCGGCAACAUUAUCGGUUGCGUCCUCUCAGCUGAUGUCUUUGCUCGCUACUGCCGAUUGAGGAACUAUAAUACGCUGUACAUUUGCGGGACGGACGAGUAUGGCACUGCUACUGAAACUAAAGCAUUGGAAGAAGGGCUGACACCUCAGCAAAUUUGUGAUAAAUACUUCGAGCUCCAUGAUGGAGUUUACAAAUGGUUUGAUAUCAGCUUUGACCAUUUUGGACGUACUACUACACCUAAUCAAACAAAGAUUGCUCAGGAUAUCUUUCUGAAACUGCAUCGUAACAAUUAUCUGACAGAGGAUACCAUGGAGCAGCUGUUGUGUGAGCAUUGCAAAAUAUUUUUGGCUGAUCGAUUCGUGGAAGGUACUUGUCCCUUGUGUGGUUACGAGGAUGCCAGAGGUGACCAAUGCGACAAGUGCGGUAAGCUGGUUAAUGCCGUUGAGCUUAAGUCACCAAGGUGCAAAAUGUGUCGUCAUGCUCCUGUGAUCAAAACGUCCAAGCAUCUCUUUCUCAAUUUGCCUCUGCUUGAAGGCAAAUUGACGGGCUGGAUGGAUAGUGUGACGGCCGGCUGGACUCAUAACGCCCGUGUUAUUGCCAAUUCAUGGGUCAAAGAAGGUCUGAAACCACGUUGCAUUACCCGUGACUUGAAAUGGGGCACCCCUGUUCCGCUUGAAGGAUACACGGAUAAGGUCUUUUACGUGUGGUUUGAUGCCCCCAUUGGCUACCUUAGCAUCACUGCCUGCUACACGGAAGAAUGGGAACGCUGGUGGAAAAAUCGCGAACAGGUUGUCCAUUACGAAUUCAUGGCCAAGGAUAACGUUCCCUUCCACUCUGUUGUUUUCCCGUCUUCUCAGCUGGGAACUCACGAUCCCUACACGCUCGUCAAUCAUCUGAUUGCCACUGAGUAUCUCAAUUACGAGGAUGGCAAGUUCUCAAAGAGUCGUGGAGUCGGUGUUUUUGGAAACAAUGCCCAAGAAACUGGCAUUCCAGCCGAUGUCUGGCGAUUUUACCUACUUUACGUACGUCCGGAAUCACAGGACUCAACUUUCUCGUGGUCUGAUUUGAUGGCCAAGAACAACACCGAAUUGCUCAAUAAUCUGGGAAACUUUGCUAAUCGCGCAUUGAGUUUCUUGGAAAAAAAUUACGAUUCUUGCGUUCCAGUCAUGACGCUAGGACAAGAGGAAAAGAUGUUGCUAGUCCGCAUUAACCGCGAAUUGAAGCAAUAUAUCGCUCUAUUGGAGAACGCUAAAUUGCGUGAUGCGAUUAGACCCAUCUUUAACAUAUCGCGUCUGGGCAAUCAGUUGAUGCAAGCCGCCCAGCCAUGGGUGUUGAUUAAGAGUACGAAUGAAGAGGAAAAGGCAAAGGCGGACACAGUCAUUGGGUUAUGCGCCAACAUAAUUUGCCAGUUGUCGGUCAUGCUACUCCCAUACAUGCCGAACCUGUCUGCGAAACUCCAGGAACAGCUCGGUGUCGGACCAGACGUCAACCAUUUGAUUCCAGAGUUUACGUGCCGUCUACCUGCUGGCCACCGAAUCGGCAAGCCUGCUCCUUUAUUCCAAAAAAUAGAACAGGUCCAAAUCGAUGAAUUAAAGAAGCGGUUCUCUGGCGCCCAAGUUGGAUCUGCUUCUCCAGGGAAUCCAGCCGUUGCCACUCCAUUGGCAGAAGCCUCGAACAUCCUUGAAACGCCUGAAAAUCUGGCUCUGAAAGUGGCCCAGCAGGGUGACAAAGUGCGCCAAUUGAAAGCUGCCAAGGCUGAGAAAGCUAUUGUUACGGCUGCCGUAGCCGAACUGUUGGAUCUGAAGAAAAGGUUGGCAACUGCGGAAGAGUUAUCAACUAAGCAAACAAAUGACACAGCUGCUGCAACGAUCGAGAAGCCUGCAAUGACAAAUAGCGUUGAAAACCUUACCAAACAAGUUGCCGAACAGGGAGACAAAGUUCGUGGUCUGAAAACCGCCAAAGCAGACAAAGCAUCAAUCGAUGCAGCCGUGGCCGUUCUUCUGGAUUUGAAAAAACAACUUGCUCUAGCCGAAGGAAAAGAUCCGGCUGAGAGCAGUGGCAAUGCAACCGGUAAAAGCAAGAAGAAGGGACAGCAAAAAUAGUUUUUUGGUGGUAUCUUCCAACUACUCGGUCACGCUGCUCCUGGUCUUGGGAGUAAAAGCGUUCUAUUAACGGGAGGAAAAAAAAAUACAUGAACGGGGUAAGACCGGUUGCAAUCGAUUAGUUUUCCAAUUUAAAUUCCUUCGUGUGAGAUUGCCAAGCUUUAUUCCAAUUUGGCGAACGUGGACUGAUUGAGCUUUUUAAUUGGUUUGUAAGUGAGUUUCCUGGGUGAGUUUUUAUGCAACGCCUUAAUUCAGUUUGCGAACCGGUACCGAUUAAGAGUACUCGUGUUGGAUGCCCUUUAGCAACAAAGGGGGGGGGGGUUUGUUAAUUUUGAUUGAAUCGCUAGGAAUCCAGCGUCUCCAGAAAAGUUGGCGGAAUGGAAGAUUAUCGUAGCGGCUGCAGAACAUCAGACAGAAAGACAACAACAACAAGAAAAGACCUGGAUAAUUGCGCUUGACAGCUUGGAGAAUGCGUAUCAUUUCUAUUGUAUCAUUUAGAACCUGAAUCUAUCUCUGAAUUAUCGUAACAUGACACCAAGAUAGACACAUUUGGAUGUUUUAGAAAUAUUUCGCUGUCAGGUUUCAUUCAUGAACAGACUGCCGCAAACCUGCCGCCACGACCUGAUGUUCCAUGCUGCCUGUUCCAGAGCCAAAGCCAGCACGCUCGGAUGCAUUUUCAACUCAGAGUUUAAUCCUUUGGCCAUUUUAAUAACGUGUUCGUAUUAAGGACAAUGACAAUCGGAGAGGUGAAACUCUCACGGCGACAGAUUUCAUGACCAUCUGCAGAAGCAUGAAGAUGAUGGUAAUCAACUAAUUCUUAUUCGCUCGAGAGCAUCACCUGUAAUCUUUUCAAACCACCGACUGGAACUCUUCGGUGACUCUCUGCUUUAUGCCGACUAAUGCCAGUCUUGUUUCCCCGACUUGUUGGUAUGUUGAAAUGCCGUUCCCAGACUAGUUUUUAUUGAAAAUACCUAAAAGGACAAAAGUGACCAAACUUGGUCAAGUCGCCAAAUGAAAUUCAUGAAAGAAGAAUAAUACCGCCCUCAACUGAAAGUGUGGUUCAACUUUGAAUCUCUCUUUUGCCUUGCUGGCUGCCAUUUCCUAUGGUGGAUUUGAUCAAGAAGUAACAAAUGAGGUCAAAUUAGGAAUACAACUUUGGAACUUGGCAUCGAUCAUGUCUGCUUGUAGGAAAAAUAUGCGAGCACGGGUAACAUGAGGUUUUACAUUUCCCCUAUUUUGCAUAAUAAGUUGUCUGUUUUUCAUAUUUGUAAUUUAUUAAGGACAACAAAAAAGAGGACACUGACAAGGCACUGGGAGAAUCAUCUCAUGUUUUCCAAAGAGUUUGGCGAAAGAAAAAAAAUUUGACAGGGACGCAAGGAAAUGAAUCCAGAAACGCAGGAAAUUUUUUGUUGAAAAACAAAUGGAAUGUCUGGAAAAACAAGGGAAUGUCAUAAGAUGUAUUACCCUUUCAAGAUGUUUAUCAAGUUCAUAGUAGUAAUAACUCAAAUUUCACGCAAAACAAGUUGAUGCUCAAUCGUGUCAGCCCACUUCUACAUGGAUCAGUGUAGUCGAGCAUAAUUCACUGUUUUUAUGCUAGUCAAGAAAGAAAAGCAGCUGUUUUCUACGUCACUACCUAUAAUCGUCAAUCUUAACUUGGAUGUCCAUAGCCGACAUGUGGAGUGCUUUGAACCAAUACGAAAAUCACGGGGCGGUAUUGACAUUGUCUGAACAUGUUGAUUCCCUACAUUGUUUAAGAAACUCCCUUGGGCGAAAGACAAGGAACGCACUUUGUUUCGUCUCUUUCGGUUUCCCGUUUCGAUGAAUUGUCCCAAGACACGACUGCUGGAGGAUGAAAAGAUAGCCUUUGUUAGCACUGAGCAGCCAGACUAUAUAUUGACAAGGUUGAAGCUUAUCCAAUUAUCCGUUGGUGCACUUUUCCCCAAUCGUGCGACGAUGGCUCCCGCGGACAGGAUUUUCCGUAGACGUUAGAACGAACGAAAGAGGGGAGUACUUUUCUCGAAAUAAUGCAAACCAUUCCCAUUGAUUAUUGAGCAAUGACUCUGUUGGCCACCAGCGUCGUUAUCAAUUGCAGAAACUACCCUCCCAGUAGUGUAUGAAAGAGUCGUACAAUCAGGUAGAUCCGGCUACCUAGACUGACCACAUUCUCCAUUUCUCUGCUACCAUUAUAUCUCGUCGCCAUAAAAAGGCUAUUCAAAUCAGUCGAUGCUGGCUGCCACAAGAGACAAGGUGCAUUUGUGCGAGCCAGUCAGCAGUCUAUAAAGUGUACAAAUUCCCAAUCACCAUGUACAGGGCCAGAUAUCUAAACCAAGGCCAAGGUAAAAGUCGGCGAUGGCAAAACCAUAGACACUGAAUUCGGGGACAGAGAGAAACGAGAGAGGCCAACUUAAAAAAGAAGAAUGAUAUAAUGCCAACAAUCUUUGAGGAAUAUUUCUACUCCAAAGCCGAAAGGUUGCAUCCAGUCGCUCCAUGUGUGCCUAUAUUGUGCUGACGCGACAUUAUUUGGUUGAGAAUCAAAGGAAAUGUUUGUUCUCGUUGCACAGAAACAAACAACGUUUUGAAAAGAG